AUGCCGCCAUCAGCGACUGACGGUGCCGCCGCCGCCGACACCAACGGCAGCGGUGCCGCUCUCUCCCUGAAGCCCAACAUUGGUGUCUACACAAAUCCCAAGCAUGACUUGUGGAUCAACGCUGCCGAGCCCACCGCUGAGAGCGUCAAGUCCGGCGCCGACCUGAAACCUGGCGAGGUUACCGUGGCAAUUCGCAGCACCGGUAUCUGCGGUUCUGACGUCCAUUUUUGGCAUGCGGGCUGCAUCGGCCCCAUGAUCGUCGAGGGCGAUCACAUCCUUGGCCACGAGUCUGCUGGAGACAUCAUCGCGGUGCAUCCGUCGGUGAAGCACCUCAAGGUCGGCGACCGGGUAGCCGUCGAGCCCAAUGUCAUUUGCAAUGCCUGCGAGCCGUGCUUGACGGGCCGUUACAACGGCUGCGAAAACGUCGCCUUCCUGUCCACGCCACCGGUGCCCGGUCUGCUGCGGCGGUACGUCAACCACCCUGCGGUUUGGUGCCACAAGAUUGGCAACAUGUCGUACGAGAACGGCUCGCUCCUCGAGCCCCUGAGCGUGGCCCUCGCGGGAAUGCAGCGAGCCAACAUCCAGCUUGGAGACCCCGUCCUCGUCUGCGGUGCCGGACCCAUUGGCCUGGUGACCCUGCUGUGCUGCGCGGCUGCCGGCGCGUGCCCGCUCGUCGUCACGGACAUUUCUGAGAGCCGUCUUGCCUUUGCAAAGGAGCUCUGCCCGCGCGUCAUUACUCACAAGGUGGAGAAGAUGUCCGCCGAGGAAUCAGCCAAGGCCAUCGUCCAGUCUUUUGGCGGCGUGGAGCCUGCCAUCACAAUGGAGUGCACGGGAGUCGAGAGCAGCAUUGCAUCGGCUAUUUGGGCCACCAAGUUUGGCGGCAAGGUCUUCAUCAUCGGCGUUGGCAAGAACGAGAUCAACAUCCCCUUCAUGCGGGCCAGCGUCCGCGAGGUCGACAUUCAGCUGCAGUACCGGUACUGCAACACCUGGCCCCGGGCGAUCCGGCUGGUAGAGAGCGGCGUCAUCGAUUUGACGAGACUCGUCACGCACCGCUUCAAGCUGGAGGAUGCCCUCAAGGCGUUUGAGACGUCGGCCGAUCCCAAGAGCGGUGCCAUAAAGGUUCAGAUACAGAGCUUCGACUAG